AUGCGCAGCAACGCUGACACAGAACCAUCUGUGCUGACCGAGGGACGUAUUUAUAUGAACAAACGCGAAGACGCCUAUUGGCUGCAUCAGCUCCCCACGGAGCUUCUCGUGGACCCUCUCUGGCACAACCAUGUUGUAAACCCCUCGAGGUGCGUGCUGCUGCAGUGUGACUCAUGGGGCACAGUGUCUCCUUCAUACAAAGCUGAGCUGCUGCAGGACGGAGACAGCGGGGGCCAGAGCUCGCCCCUCGCCCCGCUGCUCCGCAGACACUCCAGCCCCUUUGCUGUGCCCAACGGAAUACCCAUACAGCGUCGGCUAGACGCGAUAGCUGCAUUAGGGUUUAGAGAUCACUACGAAGCAAAAGCUGCGCUGCAGCAGCAGUAUUUUGGCCUGCAGCAGCCGGACGAUGGCAUUCCUAUAUUUGCCUUUAUCGGCAGAAUCACUGAACAAAAAGGUGUACACCUCAUCCUCGAAGCAGCAGAAACCCUCAUCACUAAACACAGAGGCAGAGUGCAGCUCAUCCUCGGUGGUAUGGCGAACUGGAAAGACGGAUACGCAGCCAGGUGUGCAACAAAGAUGAUGGAGCUGCGAUGGAAAUACCCGCAGAGUUUUUGGGCGGACCCCAACGAGUUCUUCACAAAGGGCGAGUCCCUCAAACCCUAA